AUGCCCCAACUCGCUGACAGUCCGUCUCCUACUUCUCCAACCUUUGACGGGAAGGUGACCAGACUUAUAGUAGUUUCUAACCGUCUGCCGCUCACCAUCACAAAAACGGAUAAUGGCUGUACCUUUAAAUUGUCUUCUGGUGGCCUGGUGAGCGCGCUCAGUGGCCUGAAAAAAAGGAUGGCAUUUACCUGGAUUGGAUGGCCUGGCAUCAACAUACCAGAAGAAGAAAGAAGUCAAGUCAUCGAUCAAUUAGCAAACUAUUCUUGUGUUCCCGUUUAUGUUGAUGAUGAUUUGGCGGAUCGGCAUUAUAAUGGUUUUUCCAACUCUAUAUUAUGGCCGUUGUUUCACUAUCAUCCUGGCGAAAUCACUUUUUCCCAACAAGAUUGGGAAGCAUAUGAAAUUGUUAAUGGUCUUUUCGCAGAAACCGUUAAUGAGAUUGUUCAAGAUGGUGACUUGGUGUGGGUUCAAGAUUACCACUUGAUGCUACUACCAGCCAUGCUGAGAGAAAAAAUGGGUGAAAGCAAAUUAAAUGUAAAAAUUGGAUUUUUUUUACAUACACCAUUUCCAAGCAGCGAGAUUUAUCGGAUUCUUCCCGUUCGAAAAGAAGUCCUUAACGGCGUACUUAAAUCCGAUCUGAUUGGAUUCCAUACUUACGAUUAUGCACGUCAUUUCCUAUCUUCAUGCACUCGUAUACUAGGCUUGUCGACAAUGCCAAAUAGUGUAUACUAUGACGGUAGACACGUACAUGUUGGUACAUUUCCAAUCGGCAUUGAUCCUGAAAAAUUUGCCGAAGGUUUAAAAAAUCCAGUUAUUCAAAAGCGUAUCAAAUCCCUGGAAGAAAAGUUUAAAGGUGUUAAAUUGAUUGUUGGUGUAGAUCGACUUGAUUAUAUAAAAGGUGUUCCGCACAAGUUUCAUUCUUUGGAAGUAUUCUUAAGCGAACAUCCGGAAUGGGUCGGCAAGAUUGUGCUUGUUCAAGUAGCUGUACCAUCUCGACAGGAUGUUGAAGAAUAUCAAAAUUUGCGAGCUGCUGUCAACGAGUUAGUUGGUAGAAUUAACGGCCAAUUUGGUACUGUAGAAUUUGUGCCAAUUCACUUCUUGCACAAAUCUGUUUCUUUUGAAGAAUUAGUGGCAUUAUACGCAGUGUCAGAUGACAGACAUGGUGUAUUAAUUCUCAGCGAGUUUGCUGGUGCUGCUCAGUCUAUGAACGGUUCAAUCAUUGUAAAUCCUUGGAACACUCAGGAGCUUGCUAGUGCUAUUCACGAAGCUGUCACAAUGCCGGAUCAUCUGCGCAAAUCAAAUCAUCAAAAAUUAUAUCGAUAUGUCACCAAAUAUACUGCUGCUAACUGGGGAACUAGUUUCGUUAGUGAAUUAGUGCGUGUUAGUAAGGAAUUCAACUCCUACAUGAUCAUUCCACAUUUAAAGAUCAAUCAGGUUGUGGAAGCCGCAAAGUCCGCCAAAAAAAAAAGAGUCAUCCUAUUAGAUUAUGAUGGUACAUUGAAUGCCACUCAUAAAUUGGCAGAAUACGCGAAUCCUUCAAGUCAUAUUGUCUCUAUCCUCAAAACUCUUCAAUCCAAACCUAACACGUAUGUUUAUAUACUAUCUGGUCGUGGUCGUAUGCAUCUUGACCAAUGGUUUGAAUCGACUGGAAUUGGUUUGUCUUCUGAACAUGGAUGCUUCUACAAGCACCCAAAAUGUUUACAAGGAAAAAUAGAAUCGAAUUCAAAUAGUUCAGCUGAAGGAAGAUUUAUUAAAGAAGAAGGUGAUGGGUGGUACAGACUUGUGGAACCAUUGGAUUCUGCAUGGAAAACGAACGUCUGUGUCUUGUUUCAGCAUUAUACGGAAAGAACUCCAGGUACUUUUAUUGAGGAAAAGGAGAUCAACGUAACUUGGCAUUAUCGCGGUGCAGAUCUUGAGUUCGGUUCUUGGCAAGCUACAGAAUUACAAGUCAAUCUGGAGAAGCAAUUGUGCCAUAUGCCAUUAUCAAUCAUCUUAGGUAAUAAAACUUUGGAAGUACGGCCUUUAGCUGUCGAUAAGGCAACCGCAGUUCGAGCUAUUAUGAAAGAUCUACAAUUUACACAGGAUGAAGUAGACUUUGUACUCUGUAUUGGUGAUGGACAGACUGAUGAACCGGUAUUUGCCUUAUUGAAAGAAAAUUUCAAUGAUUGCUUUACGAGUACUGUCGAAAAGAAACAAACAGAUGCCAAUUAUUACCUUGAGAACAUUUCGGAGGUCCAACAAUUGUUAGAAACUUUGGCAUCGGACUU